AAUGGAGUAUUGUGGUUUAGAUUGUUUUAAAAGCAACACAUUCUUUAUUUUUUUGUGCAUCUUUUUAAAUCAUGGCUUUGGUUUGUCACUAUUCUUAUUUGUUCCAUUAUAAAAAGGGAAUACACCCAUUUCCCAGUUCCAUUCACACAAAAACAACUUCACUUCAAUUUCAUUGAGUACUAGGAGUACCAGAAUUAGAAGAAGAAGAAGAAGAAGAAGAAAAAGAAAUGGGUCUAAUCCAAUGCUUCUUUGUGUUAGCAGUCCUAAUCUUCCUUGUUCAUGAGUUUCCUCAAGCUUACGCUUCAAGCCGUGGCGCUUCAGUUAGUAGUAACGCUCUAGCUAGACAUAGAGGAAGGGGAAGAGGAGCACCUAGUGCACCUGUACCUGUUGGAUUGUGCGAGUCUGCAGUCACAAUACAUGGUUACAAAUGCCAGGAAUUCAAUGUGAGAACUGAUGAUGGUUACGUUCUUAGUCUUCAAAGAAUCUCAGAGGGUCGUGCAGGUCAUGGUGAUGGAAAGAUCAAACAACCAGUCUUACUGCAACAUGGACUAUUGGUGGAUGGAAUGUCAUGGUUUCUGAAUUCAGUGGACCAAUCUCUAGGGUUCAUCUUAGCCGAUAGUGGGUUCGAUGUUUGGGUCGCUAAUACCAGAGGAACGAGAUACAGUCGUGCCCAUGCUACCCUCGAUGCUUCACAUCCUGCUUACUGGAAUUGGUCAUGGGAUGAGAUAGUACAAUUUGAUCUUCCAGCUACAUUUGAUUUCGUGUACAAACAAACAGGGAAAAAAGUUCAUUAUGUUGGACAUUCUUUGGGAACAUUGGUGGCAUUGACAUCAUUCUCUCAAGGGAGUAGUAGUCGAGUUGUUGACAAGUUGAGAUCAGCUGCGUUGCUUAGCCCUGUUGCUUAUUUGAGCCAUAUGAGUACCGCCCUCGGUGUUGUUGCUGCUAAAGCCUUUGUCGGAGAGAUGGUUACCACAUUUGUUGCGGAAUUCAAUAUUAACGAAGAACCAGUUGCCAAUUUUCUCAAGGCUAUAUGUGCUACUCCUGGGAUGGAUUGUUAUGACCUUAUAACAGCUGUUACAGGCAAAAAUUGCUGUCUCAAUUCCUCUACUGUUGAUUUAUUCUUGAGAAAUGAACCUCAAUCAACCGCAACAAAGAACAUGGUGCAUUUAGCUCAAACGGUCAGAAACGGGAUGCUAACAAAAUAUGAUUAUGGUAAUGCAAAUGCUAACGUUCAACAUUAUGGACAACCAAAGCCACCAGUAUAUGACUUAACCAACAUUCCUAAGAACCUUCCUUUGUUCAUGAGUUAUGGAGGUCAAGAUUCACUAGCAGACCCAAGAGACGUCGGAUCACUGAUGGAUAGUCUUAAACUACACGACGGAGAUAAACUUCAAGUUCAGUUUGUCAAGGAUUUUGCUCAUGCUGAUUUCAUAAUGGGUGUUACUGCUAAGGAUAUCGUGUACAACUCGAUGAUCGCCUUCUUCAAACGUCAAGUAUAAGACAAAAAAUCGGUAGUUCAAUUCAUUGCCCUUGCGAUAAAAUUUAUAUGUAUCUAUAUUCCUGCAUUCAUAAGUUCUGUUUACUAAUAAAACCAUGAAAAUGUAAAUUCAUGUGCAAUGUUCUUCCGCACCAGUAAUGAUAAUUGAUGCCAACUAA